AGACGUAGUAAACAAUGAAUCUCCUGCAAAAAUAUUAUUUUAAACUGUAAUCAAUUCUGCAAUUUACUUGAAAAAUUGCACUCAUAAAUAAGUGAACAAUAGGUUUCAUGAAAAUCGUAAGAAGUUGGAAAGACGAUAUAUUUCUUAGCGAUGUGCGACUCAGAAAGAGCAAACAGUAAACAGGAUGAAACUUGUCAAGGUGAAAGGACAUUUUCUCUUUCGUUGUUGGAUCUACCAAUUGAGGUAUUUCUACACAUCUGUACGUUCCUAGACGCAUCGUCAUUGGUUCACGGAUUAAGCUUAGUCUGCAAGCAGUUUCAUCAAAUUUUAAAUGAUGAUUCUAUAUGGAAAGUUAGAAUCCACCAAAUCUGCAGGCCAAACGCUAAUUAUCCAGCCUUGCCUCCUGACGAAAAUGACGAAUUAUUUUGGAAAUUGUCUUGUGUUGCUCUUGAGAGACAAGCAUCUCUUUGGAAAAAUCAAGUUUCGUUGGAAAGAUUAUCAUUGGCCAAUGUACAUUAUAGUACAAUUGACGGAGUUCUUCUUAUGCACAAUGGCGAACUCUGUAUAUCUGGUGCAAGAGAUCGCACCCUCGUUUUGUGGCGGUUGCCAAAUGACGAAAGUAAAUGUCCAAAAUCGGUGUCAGUCGAUUUAGCACAUGAAGGAUGGAUUUGGGAUUUGACGGCCAUCAAGGACACAAUUUACAGCUGCAGCUGGGACCGAACGAUUAAAUCCUGGGCUUUAACUGAAGCCGGUCUUGCCCACUUGACAACAUAUGAGAUGUGUGUGAAAUUCCGCAGGACCGUCUCGGGCGCUUUACUCUGCGUGACUUCGUGUCCAGAUUUGGCCCGUUUUGCGACAGGGUCCUUCUGCAAAUCGGUUCUGGUAUUUGACGCAAGAUCGGGAGAUCAUCCAAUAUUGAGGUACCAGCCACAUCAGAGGGCGGUCAUUAGACUGGCCAUGAGUUCAAAUUUUAUACUUUCGGCGAGUGAGGAUAAGACUGUUUCAAUUUGGGAUCAAAGGGCUGGACGCACGAUGAAAAAUAUCACGCUUUCCAAAAAUUCUUUUCCAAUGAGUUUGUGUUUGAAAAAGGAUAUUGUCUAUGUGGGAGACACAACCGCGAAAAUACACAUUUUGGAUCCAAAGAAGGAUUUUGAACCAGUCAAGUGUUACAAAACUGAACAUUUAAAAGGAAUCACGGGCGUUCAUUGUUCUGCUGGUUGCCUUAUCACCAGUUCCUUGGAUAAGACUGUGCGGAUUUCGAGUCCUACUGAUCCUCCGCAACCUUUGACUACCUUGACUUGUGGUUACGGUGAAAUUGCAAGUAUUGACUACUUAAACGAGGUUCUUGCUGUUUCGGGAACGGACGCUAUCGAGAUCUGGAGACCCAAACGCAAAACCGAAUGCACUUUGUGAUACUGUUAAGUAUAAGAGACAUAAUAUUUUAAUAAUUUUAACUGGAAACCAACUUUAUAUAAUUCUUAUCAAAUGACUAUUUUAAGUAUACAUAUUAAUAAGGUGGAAAUUGAUUUGAGAUUAAUUUAAUACGUACCGAAUAAAGAAUUUCUUAUC